GAAAGCGGAAAUAAAGACACUCUGCUUGCUGUUUUGCUUUUACGUGAAGCUUAGUGUUUGGCCAAAAAAAUACAGAUCUACCGUCUAGUGAAUGUUAUUAAUAUAAAAAUUAAAUAUUAGACUGUGGCUAGUUUAACUCGUGGGGUGUCGAUAUGGAGAAGGAACCGGAUGUGGAGUGUGGCAGCUCCUCAUGUAUGGGCAAUGGGAAAUCUAAGCUGGACACAUUGUCUAAAGACGACCUCAUUAAAUUUGCAAAGAAGCAGAUGGGUGCAAUGCAGAAAUUAAAGUCUAAGUGUGCAGAUUUAGAAGAGAAAGUUGGAGCACUGAAGGCUCUUCAAGGUGCACCUUCCAAUGAUUCUGUAAUACAGGAGCUGACUGAGAGAAUGGAUGCUGUAUUGCUUGAGAAAGCAGAGACUCAACAGAUGCUUGUGUUAAUGCGCAAAGAAAAUGAAACGCUGAGAAACCAAAGAGAAGAUUCAAUGGAGAAGAUGGCUGCUCUCCAGCAGAAACUGGAUCAUGUUGAAAAGAACCACGCUGAAAAGAUCAAACUAAUGGAAGUACAGUUUGAAACCUCAGAAACAAAAUACAAAGAAGAAUUGGAGUUUUUAAAAAAAAUAACAAGGGAAAAUGAAGAAAUCCAAAGACAUAAACUUCAGGAAGACUUUAAUUCUAAAAUGGAAACAAUUAAUCAAGAAUAUGAGAGAAAGAUAUCUGACUUGGAGCAGAAUCUGGAAUUGGCUAAAAAAGAAUGGAUCACUGAGAAAGAAACUCUUAAGGAAACUCACCAGAUAUCUCUCCAAAAAACCCAAGAAGAAAUUGACCAUUUUCAGGAGAUGAUUUCAAGGCUGAACAGGCAGUAUGAAGAUGAGGUCAGUUAUCUGGAAGAACAGCUUGAAAUCAACGCUGCACAGUUCGAUAUGGAGAGGGAGAGGCUGUUGCUGGUCCAGGAAGAGCUAUCAGAGCAAAUAGCACUUAAAGAGAGCUACCUCCAAGAUGUUCAAGAGGAAGAAGAAGACCUCAACAGAAGGACCCAAAAGCCAUCAGAAUUGAUUAAGGCAUUGGAUUCCUCAGUAGUAGAAGACCCAGAGAAUGAAAUGGACAAAUUGAGAUUAGAAUUUGCAGAUUUACAGUCACAAAACACAAUGCUUAAAGAGGAGCUCACCUUUCUCACUAAUGUGAAGACUGCACUUGAGGGUGAUUUGAAACAUUUAAAGAAGGAGUUCAGAAUGGAAAGGGAAGAGCUGGAGUUCAAGAUUAAUGAAUUGCAAAUGACUAAAGAGGAAGCCGAGGUUUGCCCUGAAAAGGAGGUUAAUUUCAUGAACGUAGUAGAAACUAUCCGUCUCGAAGAACAUAAUCAGAUUCUUAAAGAAUUAAAAGAGUUACACAAUGCAGAAAUGAAAGAACUAGAGGCUCAUCUUAUUUCCAAUAAAGAACGUGAAAAAGAAGUGAUUGUUCAAGAGGCACAAGAUCUGCAAAACACAUUUAAAGUUCUUUCUGAGGAGAAACAAGCUAUUGCCAGUGAAUAUGAGCACACAAAAGAAAUUCUGAGAAACAUUGAGAUGGAGCUUGGAGACAGAACAUUUGAGUUUGUAAAGAAAUACAAUACCAUGAAGGAGCAGGCAGCAAAUUCAGUUCAAGAGUUAGAGGAAAAGCUCAGGGAGAAGGAUAGUAUUAUAGAGAAACUAAAGUGCUUCGAGCAAACACAGGAUAAUUCAGAGCAAAAACUGCAGCACAAGGAAGACAUUGUACCAGAAGACAAAGAAGUCCACAAGUUCAUGAUGUCAGACAAAGAGAAUAUGGUGACACUUAAAGAAAUAUUAAUAUACAUAGACAAAAUACGAUUUGAAUGUAAGGAUGGAGGUAUGGACACUGCCCAGAUCACACUUCAGAAGUUGGAGGACUUGGCAAUGACUUUGGAAGUUGCCCUGGAUGAGAAGAAAAGUCUGAGGAAUUGUAUAGAUAAGUUGGAGAGCCAGCUCUCUUUCUCAGGUCAUGAAAAAGAUCAAGAGGUCAAGAAUUGCAAUACUUCAGUAGAGGACUUGGCUGUGUCAAAUAAGGAAAUGGCUGAACUACAGAAAGAUCACCAGUCUGCAUUACAAGAGCGGGAUGCUCUAAGAAAGGAUCUGGAGACUAGUGAAGAAAAACUUUUUGAGGCACAGAAGCAAAUCUGUUAUAUACUUGCUCAGAACUAUUCUGCCAAAAUAGAUGAAGAGGAAGACAUCUCUGUACUGCUGAACCAUCUUCUAUCCAGAGUUGAAGAAGAUAAAACGACUUGUAUUGCAUCUAAUGAAGAAAAGGCUAAACUGCAAAAAGACCUGCAAGCGGUGUCUGACGAGAGGAAUGAGCUAAAGAAGAUUAUUGAAACUAGUGAAAGAAAACUUUCUGAUACACAAAGACAUGUCUGUGAAAUACUGGAGCAGCACUACUCUGUGAAAAUAGACUCGGAGGAAGACAUCUCUGUACUGCUGAACCAACUUCUGUCUAGCAUUCACGAGGAAAAAAAGAGUUACAUUAUGUUAAAUGAGGAAAAGAUGAAACAACAAAGAGACCUGGUGAUUGUGGUUGAAGAAAGGGAGGAUCUAAAGAGGUGUAUGGAAACCCGUGAAAGAAAUCUUUCUGAUGCACGGAGGAACAUCUGUCAAAUGCUGGAGCAAAACUACUCUGUGAAAAUAGACUCGGAGGAAGACAUCUCUGUACUGCUGAACCAACUUCUGUCUAGCAUUCAGGAGGAAAAAAAGAGUUGCAUUAUGUUAAAUGAGGAAAAGAUGAAACAACAAAGAGACCUGGUGAUUGUGGUUGAAGAAAGGGAGGAUCUAAAGAGGUGUAUGGAAACCCUUGAAAGAAAUCUUUCUGAUGCACGGAGGAACAUCUGUCAAAUGCUGGAGCAAAACUACUCUGUGAAAAUAGACUCGGAGGAAGACAUCUCUGUACUGCUGAACCAACUUCUGUCUAGCAUUCAGGAGGAAAAAAAGAGUUGCAUUAUGUUAAAUGAGGAAAAGAUGAAACAACAAAGAGACCUGGUGAUUGUGGUUGAAGAAAGGGAGGAUCUAAAGAGGUGUAUGGAAACCCUUGAAAGAAAUCUUUCUGAUGCACGGAGGAAUGUCUGUGAAAUACUGGAGCAAAACUACUCUGAGAACACAAAUGAAGAAGAGGACAUCCCUGUAUUGCUGAAGCAUCUCCAGUCAAGAGUUCAGGAAGAAAAACUGAUAUUAACCCAGCAGCUGGAUGAAAAAACAGUACAGUUGUCACAGCUGAACCAGCAAGCUGAGCUCAGUGAUGAUGGGAACCUACAAGUUCAAUCAGAUACUGAAAAUUUGCAAAGGGACCAAAAUGAGCAGGUUGAAAUAACAGGGAGGUUGGUGGGCCAAGAACAUGAAGAACCUGCAGUUGAAGGUGGUGCUCAGGAAACUGAUGACAUGAAACGGCUCCAACAGAAGUUAAGUGAAAAAGAGUCUAUAGUAGCCCAUCUAAAGGAAGAAAUUUCCCUUUUACAGGAAUCCAAACUAUCUGCAUUCAAUGAGAAUAUGAGGCAAAUGGAAUCUUUAGAAAAAGAAAACAAAGAGAAAGAAGAACGUUUGAAUAAAUUCAAAGCUGUAGCUGUGAAAGCAAGGAAGGAACUGGACAACAGCAAAAAAGAGGCAUCUAGACUAAAAGAAGAAUUGGAGGCUUUGAAAUCUGAAAGAGACAAAAUGUCAGACUCUAUGAAGGCCAUCAUCCAUGGUGCAGAGGCCUAUAAGAAUCUUAUGAUCGAUUAUGACAAGCAAACUGAGCUGUUGGAUCAAGAAAAAGAUAAACUGGAAGCAUCAGAAAAACUGGUUGGUGACUUGACCAAACGUCUACAUGUUGCUGUUGAACAGCAUAAGCAACUUUCUACUGAGAGAGAAGAUCUGAUGGCUCAUAUGGAGACUCUCCAAAGUAAUGUUCGACAGCUGGAAGCACAGGCUCUUGAGAUGCACAAACUCAAAUCUUCAGUUGAGAGAGACUUGGAAGCAGAAAGGCUUUUAAAAGAGCAAAAAACAAAGGAGCAUGCAUGUGCUGUGAAGGAAGUUGAGGAACUCCACACUGUGCUACAGAAACAGAAACAACAGUUGCAGCAGACAGAGCAUGAGUUGGAACAGCUUAGGAAGGAUGCCCAGCAGAGCACUUUGUUGGACAUGGAGAUGGCGGAUUAUGAGCGGCUGGUCAGAGAGCUCAACCUGCAGAUCUCUGACAAGGACAGACUGCUGGAAGAGCAGGAAAGACAAACACAAGCUCAGAGAGAGAGGGAGGAGAAACUGAACCAGGAAAUAGAGUCUUUAAAGUCACUUGUGGACAUUGGAGAGGAGAAGACCGCAAAGGUUAAGCAGCUGCUGGUGAAAGCUAAGAAGGAUUUGGCAGAUGCCAAGAAAGAAGAAGCAUCUCAAAAGAUCCUGCAGUCUUCUCUGAAAGGGGAAUUAGAGGCCAUUCAACAACAGCUGGAGAGUUACAAGAUUCAGUGUAGUGAACUGACUGUAGAUCGGCACAGGCUUCAGGAGCAGCUAAAGUCAGUGAGUGAUCAACAUCAGAAGUCAGUCACUGCCUACCAGCACCAAGUGACAACUUUACAGAAUGAUCUGAGCUCUUCAAAGGCUGAAUUUGAGUCCACAAAGUCCGACUUUGAUAGCUACAAGGUGCGAGUACACAAUGUGCUCAAGCAGCAGAAAACUAAGAGCUCUACUGAAAGCAAUGGUGAUUUUUCCAAACAGGACAGGGAGAACAUGGAGUCCAUGCUGGAGCAGUUGAGGUCCAAACUGCAAGAAAGUCAACUUAAUGCACAGAGCUGCAAUGCAGAGCUGCAGCAGCUUCAGACUGAAUAUGACACACUUUUGGAGCGUCACAACAAAAUGUUGCAGCAGACCAUCACCAAAGAGGCUGAACUGAGAGAGAGGUUACUGUCAUUGCAUUCAGAGAAUGUAGCACUAAAAUCGGAGCACAGCCAGUCAGUAAUGCAGCUAACGGCACAAACAGAAACAUUACGUAGUAGCUUCCGGGAGCAGCUGCACCACUUGCAGGAUGAACAUCGCAGCACGGUAGAAACCCUGCAGCACCAGAUCAACAGGCUGGAGACCCAGCUUUUCCAGCUGCAAAAGGAGCCUGCCACCUCUGCUGCUCAGCAGCAGAGCAAGAAGCCACAGUCAGACAAGAAGCUUGCAGAUCUGCCUCUGCUUGAGUUGAACAUGGCACGAGAGGAAGGUGAGGGAAUGGAGACAACAGAAACUGAGUCUGUCUCCACAGCAGGGACUCCUCCACCCAGUCUCGAGCAGCUCCUCACUUCACCCGACCCAAAACAUGAGCCCUUUGUGUGGCAGGUGGAGCCCACAAAGGAGGAGCUAACUAACAAACUGAAUACAGCCACUCGCAGCAUGGAACACAUGAACAGCCUGUUACAUGAGAGUGAAGCCACCAACGCCAUCCUCAUGGAACAGAUCAAUCUCUUGAAGAGUGAGAUGCGUCGUCUGGAGAGGAAUCAGGAGCGAGAGAAAUCAGUUGCAAACCUGGAGUAUCUGAAAAACGUGUUGCUGCAGUUUAUCUUCCUUCAUGCUGGCAGUGAGAAGCAGGCGCUGCUGCCUGUCAUACACACAAUGCUGCAACUCAGCCCGGAAGAGAAGAACAAACUUUCCGCAAUUGCGCACGGUGAAGAAGAGGCUGCAGCAUCGAGAGGAUCUGGUUGGACUUCAUAUCUCCACAGUUGGUCUGGGAUCAGAUAAGAACUGCAUACCUCAAGUAUCCACAGUAUCCAGAAAUGUCUGUAUGAUUCUUUAAUAAAAAACAUAAGUAGUCCUCUGUAUUUUUUUUAAAGAAUAUUUUAUUAUUCUUGUGAAGACAGUAUGGAGUUGACUUGUGUAGCAUAAAAUCAACAGCUCACAUUUUUUGUAAACACCUUCGAAUCAGCUUUCCCUGUUAUAUGUGAAGUGACUUUUCAACCAAAAUAUUAAUAUAUAAUAUAUAAUAAAAAUACUAAGGGUUCAAUGAUUAUAGAUAACCAAACAUAUCAAAAGUUGUUAAAGAUUAUAUUGAAAUGUUGAAACUUUGUCAUUAUAAAUCUACUAUAUCAUCUUGUAACUGUAAUCAACAAUAAAUUGUGUCAUGUCAA